GGAGCCCCCGCGGAAAACGACUAAGCGCGAGGAGCGUGCGCGCUCCCGUCGCGGCGACGGUGGCGGCGAGCGGCGUCAGAGCUUGGAGGGGGGGGUUGACGGCUUCUGGCGGGUGGCGGUGUUGGAGGCGAGAGCUUGCUUAGCCCGUGUCGCUUCUGUCCCAGGAACUGGACGGAGAGUGAGGGCACGAGGGUCGCUUUCGGGGGCUGCUGCCUUCCACGUACACGUCGUCGUGAGGAGCGCAGCCCGGACUCCAGCAAUCCCUCCGACUCCCUUUCCGCACGUCUUGAGGCGGCGGCGGCCACCGAGACAGCAUCGCACCUUCCCCCACCCUUUUCCCUCAUCCCCCGCCCAGAAGGGCCCGGUCUGCGCCCCACCCCCGCCGUCCGUCCGCUACGCCGCCGCCAUGUCGGCGCAGGCCCAGAUGCGCGCGAUGCUGGACCAGCUGAUGGGCACCUCCCGGGACGGAGAUACUACUCGUCAGCGAAUCAAAUUCAGUGAUGACAGAGUAUGCAAGAGUCACCUUCUCAACUGUUGCCCCCAUGAUGUCCUUUCUGGAACUAGAAUGGAUCUUGGAGAGUGUCUAAAAGUCCAUGACCUGGCUUUACGAGCAGAUUAUGAAAUUGCAUCCAAAGAACAAGACUUUUUCUUUGAACUUGAUGCAGAACGUGUUCAUGAGUUAAAUGAAGAAAUUGGUAAAUUGUUAGCCAAAGUGGAACAACUAGGAGCAGAAGGGAAUGUGGAAGAAUCCCAGAAAGUAAUGGAUGAAGUAGAGAAAGCACGGGCAAAGAAGAGAGAAGCAGAGGAAGUUUAUCGGAAUUCUAUGCCAGCUUCCAGUUUCCAACAGCAGAAGCUUCGAGUCUGUGAAGUCUGCUCUGCCUAUUUAGGUCUUCAUGAUAAUGACAGACGACUGGCUGAUCAUUUUGGGGGUAAACUGCACCUGGGAUUUAUUGAAAUAAGAGAGAAACUUGAAGAAUUAAAGUCUUCCAGGAGCAUAUUCUUUGAGAGCCGGUGUCCUGGGUUAAGGGAGCUCUGGCAAUGUGGAGACAUCUGUAUUUUUUUUUUUAGGUCCCGAUCACAUAGCAAGAAUCCCAAAAGAUCCAGGUCCAGAGAGCAUCGCAGACAUCGGUCUCGCUCCAUGUCACGGGAGCGCAAGAGGAGAACUCGAUCCAAAUCUCGGGAGAAGCGCCAUCGCCACAGGUCUCGCUCCAGCAGCCGCAGUCGCAGCCGUAGCCACCAGAGAAGUCGGCACAGUUCUAGAGAUAGGAGCAGAGAACGAUCCAAGAGGAGAUCCUCAAAAGAAAGAUUCAGAGACCAAGACUUAGCAUCACGUGACAGAGACAGGAGUUCAAGAGACAGAUCACCUCGUGACAGAGAUCGAAAAGAUAAGAAGCGGUCCUAUGAGAGUGCUAAUGGCAGAUCAGAAGACAGGCGGAGCUCUGAAGAGCGCGAAGCAGGGGAGAUCUAACUAGCAGUGUACAUAUUUUCAAUCCUAAGCUUCCCAUGGAGUUACAUACAUUGUUUAGUUUACAGCUGUUCAGGUUGACAGUGAGCAGAUCCAGACACCGAUCCAGUUAGGCUAGAUGGACAGUAUCUAACUUGAUCUGAACUGAACCUGUUUUCCUUGAUGAAGCCUAAAACUACAUCCAUAGUUUCUGAUGAACCUGUAACACAAUUCUGAAAGUACCGUUUUAUAUAAUAAGACACUGAUCUCUUUAUUCUUUCAAGUAGGAGUAAUAGUAAACCAAUUGUGUUACUUGCCUUGGGAUUUUUUUGAACAUUUGUAAAAUGCUGUCUUCCUUUCUAAUCUAAACAGCAGCAGCUUUGGGAAUUGUUCUUUUUAAUUUUUCUUCCUCUGACUUUUGUAUCCCAUAAUACCUGCACCCUCCAAUCGUAAGAGAAAAGGGGACAGGGAAGCAAUAUAGCUUCUGUUCUAGGUAAGGUUCUAUUCCCAUUAUUAACUUGCUGAUUACAGUUCAGAGCAUUUAUACUGGAAUGUGUGCUGGAGAAAUUUAUAAUAUUGGGGUUUUGUGUUUGUUUAACGGUGCCUAUUUAGAGUUGGAAGUUGAACAGCUGUUGUAUUACAUACUUUUGCUUUUUUAUUGAAAUUUUGAAAUCAAACUUGUCUUGAUUUUUCUGUUCUAUUGAAUUGCGAUGUUCUGUCGGGGGUGGGGGCAGGGACUUUUUCGUAAUAAGCACUUGUUUUAUUUUGUGUGUGUGGAGUAUAAAGGCUACACCCUUAUUGUAAAAAAUAA